UCCCUCCACGUCUUGAACCUCAUUUCGCAUACUCCUUUUUUUCUCCCCUCUUUCUAUUCCUUUCACACCCAUCUACCCUCCCUUUUCGCCCCAGACUCUCAUACAAUCAGCCUAUCACCACCGUUCCUACAACGUCCAGCAAGAUGUCCGACGCAGAACUGGACCAGGAAUGGAAGCCUAACCGUCGGCCACAGUCGACCAUGGCACAGGCCUUCUCUACUGCGCUGGAUAGCGCCUUUUCGCUCGAUUCCGAUGUCAAUCACCUCUCACAGACCAUCGAUCAAAAGAGACACCAGAUGAUGAUCCAGACUCGAGAAUUGGAACAACUCCAGGCUAAGAUCCGGGAAGCCGAGGAACGUCUCAAAGCCCGGCAGUCUUUAAUUCUCGACGGAAACAACUCAAGGAACCAGUCAGCGCAACGCGGGGAGCGGUUUUAUCAAUCAACAGGCUCCACCUCGUCGUCGACAUCUCCCACGGAAUCGGCAGGCCAAUACUCCAGCGGCGAUGAACAACAACAGCGGGGCCAGGGCCGUAACUCAUGACUGCAUACCCCAGGUCAGGGUCGGCCAACAUCAGCAUAUAAUUUGGGUCACGUU